CAGAUGGCCAAGCCAGUCUUGAAUACCGGCCAGGCAAAGUGUCCGGCAGUAUGCUCUGUUGCUGCGCUUCACCCGGCCUUUUCCCGUCCCUGCGUUUCCGUUUAUUCGGUUCUUCUCGUCGUAGAUUACUGUUGAGCGUAGGAGAUAGAGAUGAAGACGAAGACUCUGGGGGCAACGACUGGAAGCAAACAUGGCCGACGCCCAACAAAGGGCCGCGGAUCUCCCUACCGACGACCGCAGCACCGUCAUCAUCGCUAUUGCCGCCGUCCUCCUUUCCUUGACCUCCAUCAUUGUCGCCCUGCGCUUCUAUGUGCGGGGACGGAUGCUCAACUCCCUUGGCGCAGAUGAUUGGAUGUCACUAGUAUCGCUCGUCUUUGUCUCUGGCUGUACCAUCACCGUGUGCGUGAUGACUAGGUAUGGCCUCGGUCGUCACAUCUGGACGCUUUCGCCGCAGACGCUGAAGGACUACUAUAAGCUCUUUUAUAUCUCUAUCAACUUCUACGCCGCUUCCCUUGGAGCCAUCAAGCUAGCAUUUCUGCAGCAGUAUUACCGCAUCUUUGCCGUCCAAAUGCGGAGGAUCAUCAUCGUGGCUAUGCUCAUCAUCGGAGGCUGGAGCUUGUCAUUAUUGCUUGUCAAUAUUUUCAUGUGCAAACCGAUCCAAGGAUACUGGGACAAAGAUCUGAAUCCUAAGUGUAUCCCGAAUCUGCCGCUGUGGUAUAUCAACGCUGCCGUCCACAUCACCACCGACGUCGUGAUCUUCGUCCUCCCAAUCCCUGUUCUGUGGAAAAUGCGUCUACCACUCGGCCAACGGUGGUGGCUGAUUGCCAUCUUCUGUUUGGGUUUCUUCACAUGUGCCAUCUCCGCCAUCCGUAUCCCAUUCCUCAACCUAAAACAAGACGACACCUACUACAACGUCGACGCAGCUAGCUGGUCUAUUAGCGAGCUGUGCUGCGGCCUUAUAUGUUUAUGUCUCCCAACCCUCCGCCGCUUGCUCCCACACGGGCCGAACGCACCGCGUCCGCCUCCGCGAGCGACUGACACGAGCGGACCCCGUGCCAGUACUCCGCCCGCCGGCAUUGAACAGGGCAGCAGGGUCGGCAACCUCGGGCAAUCUAACAGACGCUCCUUAUCCGCCAGCUCGACCGAGGAGCUGAGGCGCCGUGUCGACGACGAGAUUGAGAUGGUCGGCAGCCAUAGCUCGGACUCGCCGUCAGACAAGGAAGCGCCCACGGCUCCUGGUCCUGGCCCAGCAACGGGGAAAAUGUGCGGAACAUCGCCGCGUCCGGGACUCGGUGUGAGCGUAGAGGAGCGUGUAGGGCUGCGGGUAGGUAGUAGAGGUACUGUCACAAGCAUAGGGGCCAGCCCGCCGGGCGGACUAGAUAUUAUACCGGGAAGCACGGGGACGAUAGAGGGAAUUCAAGUCACGAGAGACUUGGUGCAGCGCAGUGAGCGGUCCGAGGAAUAACAUUGAAAGCGACGCUGCCGAUGCAGCUAGGGCUAGCUUUGAUAUAAGUGAAUAAAGAAACGAACCGUCACAUACGACCAUACCUAGUGGAAAAUAC